UACACCUCCCCUGUCAAACCGCUUGCUUCUUUGAAUUCGUCUUCGUAAAUGAAGCGUGACGAAGCUGCCCACGCUGCACCAGCGGUGCCACCUGUUGUGAGCUUAGUCGCCAUCUGAGAAGCAAUGGGCAUCAGGGGUCUAUUUUUAAUCUGCCAACUUUCCAUGCUUCUCCGCAUUAUAAAAGGAGUUGCAGUGAGUUCAUAGUGCUUCAGUGACCAGCUCACCCAGAAUCAGCUCGCACUUCCUCACUAUGUUCCCCGGCUCCUCCAUCAUCGCGACCCUCACCCUCGCUAUUGCGGUAGCCGCGAACCCAUUGGUUCAGGUUCGCGACACACCUAUCACGCUCUCCGCCGCGAAGCGUUUCAAUUUCACUGGCUCCGCUUCCCUGCUUGAGCGUGACCAGGCUCGCGUGAAAGGACUUCGCCAGUUGGCUGAAGCCAAGAUCAGCGGAAAGUUGAACGAGGAUGCGGUUAUCUCUACCCCUGCGACCAACCAGGCUGUUGACUAUGUAGUCAAUGUUGCCGUUGGGUCACCAGCUACCACUUAUUCCCUCUUGGUCGACACGGGUAGCUCGAAUACCUGGGUUGGUGCUGGCAAGGUAUACGUUCGCACUGGUACUUCCACCCAAACAAAUGACCGUGUUUCUGUAACAUACGGCUCAGGGUCUUUCUCUGGAACGGAGUUCACCGACACGGUGUCGCUUGGUAGUAGUCUGACAAUCCAACGUCAAUCUAUCGGUGUUGCCUCCCGAUCACAGGGUUUCAAUGGCGUCGAUGGUAUCCUUGGUAUUGGUCCUGUUGAUCUGACCACCGGCACCCUUUCACCUGAUACUAGCAGCACGGUCCCUACCGUCACCGACAACCUGUUCUCUCAAGGUGUAAUCACUCAGAACUUGGUGGCUGUAUCGUUCGAGCCAACGACGUCCCUCUCGUCUACAAAUGGCGAGUUAACCUUCGGUGGUACCGAUUCUUCGAAGUUCACUGGUUCUAUCUCCUUCGCUCCAAUUACGCGCACAUCCCCCGCUUCUGAGUUCUGGGGUAUCGACCAGACCAUCCGCUAUGGUGCAUCUACCUCUAUCCUGAGCAGCACCGCCGGUAUCGUUGAUACUGGUACCACUCUCACUUUGAUCGCUUCCGACGCACUCCGACGGUACCAAACUGCGACUGGAGCGGUCCUCGAUAACAACACCGGUUUGCUCCGUCUUACGCCGGCACAGUUCGCCAAUCUUCAAAGCUUGUUCUUCACCGUCAAUGGUGCAACCUUCGAGCUUACUGCCAAUGCUCAGGCCUGGCCUCGUUCUCUCAAUACUGCUAUUGGCGGAAACACCAACAGCGUGUAUCUGAUUGUCGCGGACCUUGGUUCUAAUUCGGGUGAAGGUCUCGACUUCAUCAACGGUUUGACCUUCCUCGAGCGCUUCUACUCCGUCUUCGAUACCGCCAACCGCCGCGUUGGCCUUGCCACCACUUCUUUCACUCAUGCAACCACGAACUGAGGGGCCGAUGGCCAUGAUGUGGAAUCCAAUGAGGUGUUUCAGCGGUUGUGCAACUUCUGUAUCUUUGAAUUGCUGUGACGAACACGAGUGUUGUAUUUUCUAUGUAUUCUGCUUGGCUGCACUUCUGCAAUGUUUACUGAAUCGUUUCUUCUU